AUGGCUACCGUUUCGCGCGAGUCGCGACGCCGCGUGCGUCGCAAGUAUAUCGACGGCGAAGGCAACGAAUACGAGGUACCUCGUCGCUCUGGCGGUCGCAAGCUGCUGGUGGCCGCCGUGCUCGGUGUGGGGUUGCUGUGGCUGGCUCCGACCAUCGUGGCGAAAACCCGACUGCUGGGGCUGGUGGUGAACGCCGACACGUUCAAUGUCGACGGCACCGUUGAAGUUCGCUCGGCAUCGUUGGGCUGGUUCUCGCCCAUCCGGUUGUGGGACGUGGAAGUUCGCGACCCUGAGGGAGGGCUGUUCGUUCGUGUGCCGAAGGUGGUGGGCGAGCGUUCGCUGCUGAAGAUCCUGUUCAACCGUAGCGACUGGGGCAACUUGCGUUUUGAAGAGCCCACCAUGCGAUUGGUGGUCGAUGCGAAGGGCAGCAAUGCCGAACGUGUGAUGGCCCCUUGGUUGAAUUCCGACGAAGCUUCGACGCUUGAUGCGACGGCCGUGAACCUGAAGAUCAGCGAUGCGCAGGCCACCGUGCUGGACGAGGUGCGGAAUCAGAGCUGGCGGCUGGAGGAUGUGCAGUUCUCGGCCGAUGUGCCUCCGCACCUGUCGCAAGAUGUGAAGGUGACCAUGGCGGCCAACGUCGAUGCUCCCACCGAACGUGGGCGGAUCGAAAUGACGGCCGACGUGCGAUGGAACGAAAUCGACCAUGCCGAGCCGGCCAGCAGCGGGAAGGUGUCGCUGGUGGCCAAAGGGCUGCCGCUGGAGAUGGCUUCUUGGAUUGCCGAACGGGUUUCGCCCGGCACUGAAGUGGCUGGAAUCGCCAGCUCGACGCUGCACUGCGAGUGGACGCCCCAGGGUGUGGGCGGGCAGCCGACGACCAAGAUCGAAGGCAAUGUGCAUGCCGAUGAUCUUGUGGUGGCUGGGCCCUGGCUGGGGAACGAUCGACUGCAACUGGCCAGUCUCGAAGUGCCAUGCCGCAUCUCGCAAGAUGGAUCGCAAGUGCAGGUCUCGCAGCUCGACAUGAAUUGCGAUGUGGGCCAGGUGAACUAUCAAGGCACCAUCGACACGGCCGACGGAUUGCUGGCUUCGUUGGGGAGCGAAGACUACAAACUCGACGGCAAGCUGGAUCUGGCUCGCCUGUCGCAGAUGUUGCCCGAGACGUUACGGGUGCGCGAGGGAACCAAGAUCACCCAGGGCGAUGUGACUAUUCAACUGGUGAGUGCGCAGAAGAGCGAAACCGGCAAGUGGACGGGACGCAUCGAGACGAGCCCUUUGACAGCCGUGAGCGAUGGGAAACAGAUCACCUGGGAUGAUCCGCUGUUGGUCAAGUUUGAUGCCCGACAGGGCGACAAGGGUUUGCUGGUCGAUGAGCUGCGUUGCGAGUCGAGCUUCCUGGAGUUGGAAGCCGCGGGCGAGCCGAAUUACUUCUCGGUGGCGGCGAACUACAACCUGGAGAAACUUUCCGACGAGUUGCGGCAGUUUUUUGAUCUUCGCGACGUGAAGCUUUCAGGCGACGGUUGGUCGUAUGUGAAUUGGCAACGUAAUGGCGACGGAACAUUUGAAGUCGAUGGGGAAACGCAGGUUCGGGAACUGGUGGUCGAGUUCCCCGGCCAUCUCCCCUUGAAAGAAGCCAACCUGAUUGCGUUGGUCAAUUCGACCGGUCGGGCGAAGUCGAUCAAUGAGUUCACGCAACUCGCCACCGCCUCGAUCAAAGCCGACAGUGGCUUGGAUCACCUGGCGGUGAAGCUGACUGGGCCGGUGGACGAUCCUCGCAAUGCCGAACAGUGGCCACUGGCGGUGGAAGCCUGGGGGCAACUGACCAACUGGGUUCCGCGUAUCGAACCGGUUGUGGGUUCGCUGGAAGGCUGGAAUGUGUCGGGACAAGGUAAGGUGCAGGCCACUGCGGUGCUGGCCAGCGAUCGGGUGCAGGUGGCUUCUUCUGACUUGGCGGUUAACAACUUGCACCUUAACGCUCACGGGGUGGUGAUCGACGAGCCGCAACUCACGGCUUCGGCCGCGGGCGAUGCGAAUCGCGAUGGGGAGAUUCACCUGAAUGGGCUCACGCUGAACAGCGCGACGCUUUCGCUUAAUUCCAAGAACCUGGUAGCGGUUGUCGGUGAAAAGGGUGUCUCGCAACUCAGCGGCGACCUGGCCUAUCGGGGCGACUUGCGACUGUUGCAAAACUGGCUGAGCGAUCCGGCCUCGCCGUCGAGUUGGAACACCGGCGGCACGGUCAACGGAACGGUGAACAUCCAGCGGAGCGGUUCGACCACCGACGUGGUGUGGGCUUCGCACAUCGUGAACUUAGUCGCUCAUCAAGUGGGCGGCGACCUGUGGCAUCAACAGAACGUGCAGUGCACCGGAAAGUGUGCUCUGGACGAAACCUCCGACCGGCUGGCGAUUGACAGCCUGACUCUGGCUUGCGACGCGUUGACCUGCAACGCCAACGGGUCGAUCGACCAACUCGGCGGUCCGCGAAACAUGACGCUGAAGGGCAAUGUCGACUACGACAUGGCGAAGGUGGCCGUGUUGCUACGACCUUACGUGGGCGAUCACGUGCAACUGGUUGGCAAGGAGAAGCAAAGCUUUUCGCUGAGCGGACCGUUAACGACUCCUGAGAAUUCUCCACCCGGCACGUUGGAAUCGACUUUGGUGGGCCGGUUGGAGGGUGCGACGACCGUGGGUUGGGAUAGCGGCAAUCUGUACGGUUUCCAACUCGGCAAAGGAAACAUGAACGCCCAACUCGGACGUGGUCGGCUGGCGGUUUCGGCCCUCGAUCUUCCGCUGAGUGGUGGACGACUGAAUGCGAAUCCGCUGUUCGUGCUGGCUCCUGGUACGGCCGAGAUGUACUUGGAUCCCGGUCCGUUGCUGACGCGGGUGAACAUUAGUCCGGAGAUGUGCCGCAACUCGUUGAUGUACAUCGCCCCGGUGUUUGCGAAUGUGGCGCAGGCCCAGGGCAGUUUCUCGAUCGACAUGAGCGGUUGUCGUGUUCCCUUGGCCACCCCGGCCCAGGGCGACCUGGCAGGGCAGUUCACGAUCCACGAUGUUCAGAUUACUGGUGGACCGUUGAUUCAAGAGCUGGGCGUUCUGCUGCAACGCCCCAGUGCGGCCAGCUUGGCGCGGGAGUCGAAGGUUUCGUUCCGGAUGGUGGGUGGGCGGAUCUACCAUCGCGACCUGGAGUUGGUAUUCCCUGAGCUGACGAUUCGCACCUAUGGAUCGGUCGGGCUCGAUCACUCGCUGGCCCUGAUGGCCGAGAUGCCGGUUCCGCCCAAGUGGAUUGGGAACAACACGCUGGGAGCGGCACUUCAGAACCAAAUCAUUCAGCUCCCGAUCGGGGGAACGCUGGAACAACCGAAGAUCAACCAGCAAGCCUUGCAACAGGAACCAACCUUUGCGGAGUCCAACAGUGAUGCUCUGAUGAUCGGCCCCGCGGAUGUGUAUGAAACAUUUCUGGAAUGGAAUCCUCUCAUGGCUAAUGCAGCUCGGGAUAACGACUCUAACGCAUCGGUGGUUAAGCUCUCGUUCGAGACUGAAUCGGUUCCUUUCUUCGACCUGGCCCGCCAAUCGAGACCGUUGCGGGAAAAGAUCGUGAAGGCACUGGCCCGCGUGUGCGACUCGGGACAGUUUGUUCUUGGUCCCGAGUGUGUUCGUCUGGAAGAGUCGUUGGCCGAAUACUGCGGUGUAAAACACGCCGUGGCUUGUGCCUCGGGGAGCGAUGCCCUGUUGUUGGCGUUGAUGGCUUGUGGGAUUGAGCCGGCCGACGAAGUGCUGAUGCCGAGCUAUACGUUCUUUGCCACUGCCGGUGCGGUGUGGCGCUUGGGGGCACGUCCGGUGUUUGUCGACAUCGACCCCGUGACGUACUGCAUGGACCCGAAGAUUGUCGAGUCGCACAUCACGGCUCGCACGCGUGCGAUCAUUCCGGUGCACUUGUACGGACAAUGCGCCGACAUGGAUGCCCUGAACAGCAUCGCGCGUCAGCACAACCUGGCGAUGAUCGAAGACGCGGCGCAAGCCAUUGGCAGCGAGUACGACGGAAAACGAGCGGGCAACCUGGGCGACGUUGGUUGCUUUAGCUUCUAUCCCACGAAGAACUUGGGAGGCUUCGGCGAUGGUGGCUUCAUGACCACCAACGAUGAUGAAAUCGCCAAGCGUCUGAAGAUGCUUCGCGUGCAUGGUGAGACUAAGCAAUAUCACCACCAGAUCGUCGGCUUCAACAGCCGGCUGGAUGCCUUCCAGGCUGCGGUGUUGAAUUCGAAGUUGCCGCACUUGGAACAUUGGAUCACUCGUCGACAGGCCAAUGCCCGGUACUACGACCGGUUGUUCCACGAGCACGGGCUGCAAGACGUGAUUAGUUUGCCGCCGGUGGCCGAGAAGCGACGUCACGUGUGGAACCAGUACGUGGUGCGCAUCCCCGGCGGUCAACGCGACUCGCUGCGGGAGUACCUUGCUGAGCAGAACGUGGGAACCGCGAUUUACUACCCAGUUCCGAUGCACGAACAACCGUGCUUCGCCACGUUGGGUUACCAACUGGGACAGUUGCCGGAAACCGAAGCGGCGGCUCGCGAAACGCUGGCCUUGCCGAUCUUCCCCGAGCUAACGGCCCACGAACAACAACGGGUGGUUUCGCAGAUUGCCGCUUUCUACGGCAUCGAGCAACGCCCCACGGGCGGACACGCGAUUCGUCCGCCGAAGUUCCUCACCAAGCGAACCAGCACCCAAGACAGCGAAGUGCGCGGGCUCCGCGACUAG